ACGAAAAAGCUCAAGGCUGAUUUCGAGACCAUCGCCAGUCACGCCGACACCAAUCUAAAGGCCCUACACGACGCCGAGGAAAUGCACAGACAGAAACAAACAGACCUCCAGGCCACGCACAAGCAGGAGCGCAAGAAGGAUGCGGCGCUGAUCAAGGAUCUCAGGCGCAUGCUGCAACAGGCGGUGGACCAUGGGGGGGUGGAGAGUCCUGGGCUGGUUGUCAAUGGCAACGGCAAUGGCAAUGGUAGUGUGGGUGGGGCGCUGCCUUAUAGUUUUGAGAAGCUGCUCAGCAGCACCGCGUCUCCAACGAUGGAGAAGUACGACCGUUAAUUAGUGCACUCACGACUACUAUCAAUUACUGCACUCGUGAACAUUAAGUA